AUGGCAGUUUCUGUAGGCAAGGAGGCUUUUAAGAAGUGUGUGGUUCUUGCCUUGACAAAUGCAGUGGAUCAAUUGAAGGCGGAAUUUAGAGAUCUCCUCUUUUCGGAACAGAGGAGGCCGGUAGAAUGGACUAUCUCAUGGAUACGUGGGUUGUCUGACAUCCCUUUGCCCGAAGAUAUCAUCGAAGACAAUAAGUAUCGUACGGUAAUUACAACAUAUACAUCACAUGGUGUUGUUGGAGCAAUCGUGUCAUCGAACUUUCCUCUUAUGCAUGCAGCUACCAAAAUUGCACCAGCUCUGCUUAUGGGAAACGGUCUCUAUCCCUACCCGGUGCAAGCUUCUGACACAAUACCCUCUAACCAUUUAUCUCCCUACUGCGGCUUGCGACUUGUCGGGUUAGCCCAUGAAGAUGAUAAUCUCGGUCCAUGGCUUACCAGUUAUCCGCGCAUUGACAGGAUCAUCGUCACCGGGUCUACUAUUACUGAGCAAGCCAGUUCGAAAAGUGCUAGUAAGACUUUGAAAGGGUUACUCUUGAGCUGUGAGUUCUGGGGUCUGAUAUGUUUGAACAUCAAACGCAUUUAUGUCCAUGAAUUCGUCUCCGAGGAAUUUAAAGAUGCCGUGGUAUAUUGCAAAAUUAACGAUUCCGAUGGUAGCUUUAUUACUUCUACUGUUAUUGACCGGCCGCCCGAGAAUUCUCGGAUAGACGCCCAUUGUACCGCUUUGUCGUGGAAGAGCGAGGAUGAAGUAAUUGCUCGAGGCAACGAUACCCUCAUGGGCCUAGGCGCAUCCGUAUGGACCAAUGGCUUGAAGAAAGCCGAGAGAGUUGCCAGACAGAUGCAAGCUGCUGGUGUAUGGGUCAACACUCACUUUAGCGGUUUUGGUACCGAAUGGAAUAGCCUCAAGGCAUUCUGUAAUGUCCAGACUCUUUCCCUAAAUAAGCAGUAG